AUGAGCGGUGAUUCUCCCUCUCCUGCGGCUGUGGAGCUGUGCUAUGAGAACCUCAAUGGAUCCUGUAUCAAAACCUCCUACUCACCCGGCCCCCGCCUGCUUCUCUACGCAGUAUUUGGCUUUGGCGUUGUACUGACCAUAUUUGGAAACCUCAUGGUAAUGAUUUCGAUUUUUCACUUCAAGCAGCUACAUUCUCCAGCCAACUUUCUGGUCGCUUCUCUGGCCUGUGCGGACUUCUUGGUGGGAGUGACUGUGAUGCCCUUCAGCACGGUGAGGUCUGUGGAGAGCUGCUGGUACUUUGGAGAGAGAUACUGUAAAAUUCACUCCUGCUUUGAAGGGUCCUUCUGCUAUGCCUCCAUCUAUCACUUGUGUUUUAUUUCUGUGGACAGAUACGUUGCGGUCACUGACCCUCUGGCCUAUCCAACCAAGUUCACAACCUCUGUGUCUAGCUUAUGUAUUGGUUUCUCUUGGCUCUUUUCCACCAUAUACAGUUUCUCCCUUGUUGGCACAGGUGCAAUCGGUGCUGGACUGGAGGAACUAGUAAGUGCUCUCACUUGUGUAGGAGGCUGUCAAAUUGCAGCGAAUCAAAACUGGGUAUUGAUAGAUUUUCUAGUAUUUAUUGUCCCCACACUUGUGAUGAUAAUCAUUUACUCUAGAAUCUUCCUCAUUGCUAAACAACAGGCCAGAAAAAUUGAAAGCAUGAGCAGUAAGACUGAGACAGCCUCAGAGAGCUACAAAGAAAGAGUGGCCAAGAGGGAAAGAAAAGCAGCCAAAACACUGGGAAUUGCAGUGAUGGCCUUUCUGAUUUCAUGGUUGCCCUAUUUCAUUGAUUCGGUAAUUGAUGCCUUCUUAGGUUUCAUCACGCCCACAUAUAUUUAUGAAAUCCUGCUUUGGUUUUGUUACUACAACUCAGCAAUGAACCCUUUAAUUUAUGCGUUCUUUUACCCUUGGUUUCGAAAAGCCAUCAAAUUAAUUAUCACUGGUGGAGUCUUUAAAGAGAAUUCCUCAACAAUACAUCUGCUCCCUGAGUAG